AGGGUGUCGCUAGUGCGCCUGAAAACUUAAAAGCACAGAAGAAGAAGAAGACAACGAAGAAGACGCCACAGGAAGUAAACAAGAGCACGUCGAACAGACAGACUCAGUCGAGAGACAUGAACGGUCAAGUGGACGCUGAAGUUGACUACAAGCGGAAAUACAAAAAUCUCAAACGAAAAUUAAAAUUUCUUGUAUAUGAACAGGAAUGUUUUCAGGAGGAGCUGAGGAGAGCGCAGAGAAAACUCCUCAAGGUUUCUAGGGACAAAAGCUUCCUUCUGGACAGACUGCUGCAGUAUGAGAGGGUAGAUGAAGACUCCUCAGAUUCGGAAGCAACUGUUUCCUCGGACAAUAGUGAAGGAGAUGGCCCAAGGGAGAGGGAACGAGAGGGAGCAAAAAAGAGAAGAAGCAGUCCAGGCGCGUGUCUUCCGUCAUCAUCCUCCCCUCAUCUUUCCCUGCUUUCGCGUCAUGGUGUAAAUCCCCUGCAGUCAUCGGGAUCCGGACCCUACCUCAACACUAUGCCCUUCCCACCGGAGUAUUUGGCUCCCCCAGCUGAACGAAUGAAGAAAGAGAGAAAAACAAAGACGCCUAAAAACAAGAGAGACACAACGGGGAAGGUUGUUGCUCCAAUGGCAGCUAAUUACCCAUCAGCACCUGCGGUCCCUCCGGCAGCCAACAGCCCCUUCAGCUGGGUUCCCAGACAGAUGCUGAGUGGCGAUGCAGCUGAGGAGGAGGGAGAGAGCGAUGGAGACAGCGACAGGGGCGACGAAGAUAGAGGGGAGGGAGACGAGGCUGAACUGGUCAUUGACAUCCCUAAUGAGUGAGAGCUGGCGUGUGUUUUGGAUUUGUUUAAAAGCAGGGGAUGGAAGGUUUGUACAUCUGUGUGUUUGAGAACAAGAGACAGAAUGUGACUGAAUGUAUAUAUAUUUUUUGUGUAUUGAGUAGCCGCUGCCUGUUUUUAAAAAAGGAGGGCCAUGCUCCCCCCUGUGGACUUUUGUUUUAUUGCAACAUCACUGUUACAUCUCCCUGAUGAUUGUGUUUUUUCAAACAUAUGUUAAGAAUUGAGUUUGCGCUUUAAAAAACAUCCACCGCCUCUGGAAGGACAGGAUGCACUUUUUAAACCGUUUCAAGCCUGUUUGUUUUGCAUUGUCCAAACACCAUCUCAGACUUGGAAUUGCAUUAAACAGCAUUAUUCAUUCUGAUAUGGAUUUUUCACUUUGUCUUAGAUUGUUUGUAGUUUUGUCAAUUCAACAUGCACUGUUUUUUUUUAACAACUUGUCAAAAAUCAAAGGUACAUCCUAUUCAUUAUUGUUGUUUUGCAUCAAAGUGUGUGUGUGUCAGAGAAAAAUAGUAAUAUGACGUUAUAAUUUCAGCUCACUAAAAGUAUUU